UGUGAAUGGAUACGAUAAAGUAGAAAUCAGUUUGACAGGCAAUUACUUUCUUCAUCAGGUACCAUAAGAACAGUCAGCAACUUUUUACGUGCCGUUUUCUGGUUUGGACUUACAGCAGGCGCAUUCACAAGAUGACGCUAAAUACAGGGGGUCGCAGGCUGAAGCAAUGGCUUGUUGAGCAGAUCAACAGUAACCAGUACCCCGGGCUGUUGUGGGAGGAUGAGAAUCGGACCAUGUUCAGAAUACCAUGGAAACAUGCUGGGAAACAGGACUAUAACCAAGAAAUCGACGCUUCCAUCUUCAAAGCUUGGGCUGUAUUCAAGGGUAAGUUUAAGGAGGGUGACAAGGCUGAACCUGCCACUUGGAAGACCAGGCUCCGCUGCGCUUUGAACAAAAGCCCAGACUUCGAGGAGGUGACAGACCGUUCGCAGCUGGACAUUUCCGAACCUUACAAAGUCUACAGAAUUGUUCCAGAAGAGGAGCAGAAGAUCUCUGCAGGUAAAGGGACAAUAACAGCUAACAUGGGUUGCUCCAGUGAAGACAUGGAAUGCAGUCCAGCAGAGCUUGAGGAGCUUAUGAAAGAUGUCAAUCAGUGUUCUGGUGAUGAAUACACAAGCUUCAUCAAAAGAAGUCACUCUCCCCUAGAAGACACUUGUAGCAUGCAGCCAACUCAGGAGUGGUGGCCCCAGGACUCUCACAAUGUGCUUCCGAUGCAUCCAGAUAUUGCACCACUUGGUUCUCUCAACUAUGCGUUCUCAAACAUGCUGAUCUCAUUCUAUUACGGUGGGAAGCCCGUGGGCAGCUUGGUGACUAGCCACCCUGAAGGCUGCCGAAUCUCCCCCUGUCAGCCCCCAGCUAGCAGCCUGAUCUACGGCGGGGACAGCCUGCAGAACAUCCGCUUCCCGUCAACGGAACACAUCGAGAACGAGCGCCAGCGGCAGGUGACCCGCAAGCUUUUAGGGCACCUGGAGCGCGGCGUUCUGCUGCGGGCCAACCGCGAGGGCAUCUUCAUCAAGCGCCUGUGCCAGAGCCGCGUGUUCUGGAGCGGGCUGGCCGGCCACUACGGCCCCGGGCCCUGCAAGGUGGAGCGGGACGCUGUGAUCAAGAUUUUUGACACAGGCCGGUUCUUCCAAGGACUUCAGCUGUACCAAGAGGGCCAGUGCCCGGCCCCUGACCCCACUGUCACUCUGUGUUUUGGAGAGGAGUUUCAUGAUGUCAGCACGGCCAAGAGUAAAUUAAUCAUCGUUCAGAUCACUGCAGUGAAUUGCCAGCAGCUACUGGAAGCAAUGAAUGACAUUUGUAGCUACAGUGUUCCCCAACACCCUGCCUGUUUCCGAGACAACCUGGCUAUCACUGCCUAAGCUCAAACAAUGACAACAAGCAAAUGCCAGUGUAAGAAGAGGAUUCAUUGAGGAUUCAUUGUUCAUUUGAAGGAUUAUUUUGCAAGAAUUUUCCAAGCAUUAAUGAUGACCCUUUCAAAGCAUUAGUAAAGUUGGGAAAUAUUAAUAGCAGAGCAUCUCAGGUCUCAAAGGAGCAGCUCUAUAUUAAUGAAACUUGUUGGAGAGGUCUAGCAUGUGGCUCAGGAGAGAACCCAUUGAUUCGGUAAUCCAGUUUUUUCGGAUAUACAGUCCAUUAAUGGGUUCUGUCUUGGUCCAUUAAGUUUCACUUUCGCUAAUGCAUCUCAGGUUUUUGUAAUUACUAUUAUAAUAUUCAUGCAUUGCAUUAUCCAGCAAAUUCAUGCUUAAAGAAGUUUAGGGUGCUUUUUCUGUAACACCUUUAAUAUGCCAAGCUUUGUGAGUGUGUUUACAUGCACACUAAAAAAACUGAUUAUUAUCAGGGUUUUGUAGUUAUCUGGUAAUUCAAGUGCUUGUGAAAAUUGAAUAAUCAGAUAUUCAUAAUCUGUUUACUGUCGUUAUCGGUUUAUGAAAAUCUGUUUAACACUCCUAGGUUUCUAUCAAUAUUCUGAUUUUGUUGAGACAUGUACAGUAUACACCUUAAACAGCUGUUUCCAGCUACCCGAUCAUAUCAAGAAAUCAUUUUGUUAGUGUGCAUGUAAACGUGUAAGAAAUAUCAGCUGUAUUGAGCCUCUUUGAGUGUACAGAAUCUCCAUACCUUUAGUAUGAGUAAAUGUUUUGUCAAAAAUGUUGUCAAAUUUAAAUGGAUAGGUUUUACUAUCUCAUGAUUUUGUUCUGUCAGAAAUAAAGACAUGUAUCUUUCUCA